CACACACACACACACACACACACACACACACACACACACACACUUACACACUUUUCUUGGCCCCUUGGUGCCACUUUUCCACCGUGUUGUACCUCACAGGUCCCGGUGUGUCACAGCGUGUGGAUGGAUUUGACACACGUUAUUGUAACCGGUGUGACGUCAGUUCGUGCUGAGAGAGAGAGAGAGAGAGAGAGAGAGAGAGAGAGAGAGAAUCGGUGCAGAUCCCAGCGCAUCUUCAGACCCGGAGGCAGCAGCUGCACCUCUUCCUCCUCCUCCUCCUCCUCCUCCUCCUCCUCCUCGCCUCUUCGGUCCGCGGGGCCACACACCCGGCUGGGAAACGUUCAACAUGCCCGCUGAACUCCUCCAGCCGGGCUCGGUGUCGGUGUUUCCACUUGUGGAGGGAUUUACUCAUACCAGCGGACGAAUUCAGUCCUGAUGGAUCUUGCGCGCUGAGAGCUUGAAGUUAGAGGCUGAAACUGGACAACUUGUUAUCAGGAGCAGGUUUCGUGUGUUCAUGAACAUGUUGUUGUGGGGGUCAUCCCGGGAAUCUGCUGCUGCCGGCUGCCGCUGCGCCCCGUGACGCGCCGGGGAGCGAGGCGAAGAAAAACACCCGGAGAGUCCGGAGAGGGGAAACUAAAACCUCUCUGCUGUUUCAAGGCUUCUUCGUUCAGGAUUUGUCACCCCAGGCGCGUGCGUGGUUUCAUAUCCCGGGGAUGCCUCCCGUGUCUCGGCUCCGUCCUCCUCUGACUCGGCUCGGGAUGGAUGUUGCGCAGUGAGGGGGCUCCAGCCUGCGGAUAAUCACUCUCUGGACUUUUUUUUUGGCUCCUCGUGCUGCUCGUGGAUCUCCCUCAUGCAGCUCCUCCGGCUGGCCUGGGCUCUGACUGCAGCUGCGGUCUGCUUCCUGCUCCUGCUGCUCCUCCACAGCCAAGUCCUCCGGGAAGGUCAGCUGGCAGCAGGGACCUGUGAAAUCGUCACUCUGGACCGGGACAGCAGCCAGCCGAGGAGGACCAUCGCCCGACAGACGGCUCGCUGCGCCUGCAAAAAGGGACAGAUCGCCGGGACGACACGAGCCAGACCAGCCUGCGUCGACGUUAGCAUCGUGUGGACUCGACAGUGGUGUGACAUGACUCCGUGUUUGCACGAUGAAGGCUGUGAUCUCCUGGUCAAUCAGUCGGGCUGGACCUGCACGCAACCAGGGGGACGAGUCAAGACCACCACGGUCUCCUGACAGCGGCGGCAGGAACAGACGCUCCCCAGAGACAGACUGGGUCCCAUCGUCCAUCGCCCAUCAUCGCCAAGCGGAGCAUCCUCUGCCGCAGCAUCAGCCGCUAUCAGAGCCGCGGGGCGAGACGACGACACUCCCUGCUUCACGCAUGGCGGGUGACCCGAGGAGGCUGCAGCCUGAAGACACAAAAAAUGAAAGUGACUCCUUUUAUUUUCCUGGAGGUCUGAAAGGCAGAUCAUGACAAGCUGCUGGAAUCGAUCGCUUUUGUUGGCACAAACUCUGUUUCGUUUUUACAGACCAAAGAUGAACAGAGCCGACAAAGAGACGUUUUUUUUAAGCGGGGCAGAGACUUUCAGAAUCCCCCUCUCUUAACAACCGUAAAGAAACAUGUAAAGAAACGAACACAUUGUGAUAUAAUACAGUAAGUGACUUAAAUGAGCAACGUAAAAAUGUAUACGCGUUAAAGAUAACACAUGUAUCUAUCCGAGGAGAGACAGCGCUGUUGAUGUUUCUGUUGGGACGGAGAAGCCGUUCAUAUGCUGGGUGUCAGUCGAGUGGAGAAGGGGAGAAAUCAUUUCAGACAUUUUUACGAUGGAACAUAAAACUUUGUGCACCUUCAGAGACACCAGAAGGUGUGAUUUAGAGACAAGAGGCAGGACAACCAGGCCAUGAAAACAUCUAACAUGGCAACUAGAAGACUUCAGUAGUUAAAACAGUUAUAGAUGAAUAAAAAACACAGACAGUAAAUAAAAGAGAGACAAUAAAAUGUGCCAUAAAAGGUUUUUCCAACCUCAUUUUGAAGAUAUUUUAUGGAUUAAAAUAUCACUCAGUUUCUCAUAAUUGUGUAAAAAUGAUUUAAUACCAAAAAGCUGAUCGCCAAAAAGCCGGUAAACUGGACCGUCACCCCCAAUUUCCACAAACAUAGACAGUCAGCGCCGCAGUUCGCUGCCACUCUAGUCAAUGAUUGAGUUUCCACAGCGAGUGCCGCGGUCCGUCUCUUGGAGCGUGCCACCAGCUCCACUACGCUCUGCUCCGUUUCAAAUACGCUGCGGGUCUAUUUUGGACAGAGCACGCUGCAGGCACGCGUCAAACUGGACGGAAUAUGACAUUCCGGACAGGAAGUCAGAUAAGGAAACGCACAGAGAUUCCAGUCAAUUUCCAAAUAAAACACAAUAACCGGACUCACGAUCAUAUUUGCUCCGCUACGCUCACGUUCCAGAAACGAAUCCAGUGGGGCAGGGUGCACGUUGUCUGACGCAUGGAGUAUGUUUUGAUUUGGGGUCAUAGUGGAACAUCCUGAUUAAAUUCAUCAACGUACAAUUAACAGAUUUAAGAUGCCUGAAGUUUUGCGAGCAGCACAGCUGUAGGAAUGGGAAUCCGUCAGUCUGUUAGGCACUUUGCUCCUGAUUGAAGUGUCUUAAAAAUGCUUAAAUGGAUUGGCAUGAAAUUUGGUACAGAUGUUCAUGUUGCCAGGAGAAUUUAUUUUACUGACUUUGGUGAUCCACAGACUUUUACUGUUUCGCCACCGUGAGAUGGAAUCGAUGGUGUUUGGUGGAAUGUCUCAACAAAUAGUGGAUCAACUUAGAUAACGUUAGAUUUUCAUGGUUUGGUUGAUAUUAUAUAAUGUCAGUGGUGUGACUUAUCUUUUCCUUCUACACCUUGUUGCCAUAGCAACAUAUCUUAGUUAAUUUUGCAUUUCCAAAGGCUGCUACCAAUGGGCACUUACCCAAAUUCCCUGGAUGCUACACCUAUUAAAGCAACCAAAUAUGCAAGUAUGCUAUAAGCUCAGUAGCUAGAUCCAACAUCCAAUUUUGAACAUAACCGUAUCUACCAUCUAGUUAGUAAACUACUAGUGGGAUUGAGAUAGACUGAAUGUUCCACAUCGGCUGCAACCAUCUCAUCAGCCAUGUUUUCAAACCAUAGAAAUCUGUGGAAAUAUGAGUGAAAAAGAUGCAUCUGCAAAGAAACAACAAAAUUACCAGCUAGCACAUUUCUGGUCCCCAGGCCCUCUAGCACCAUCAAUAUUUUAACUUGUCCAAUACUUUUGUUCAUGAUAAUUACCAUCAAUAAUUAUAGCAUUCAUAGAAGUGUUGGCUGUACUUUGUAUUUUAAACAUAUUGGUAAAUAUUAGCAUUUUAAAAUGUAAGUUGGUGAACAAGGUCAACCGUACGCCUAGCAUUGACGUUAGCAUUGUGAGCAUGUUAGCAUGCUGAUUUGGCUUAUAUUAUGCCUACAUGCAGCAUUUGUCAGCUGUUAGCAUGACUGUAGAUUCUGGGUGGGGAAUUCAUGAAGAAUUGAUUGCACCAGGUUGCUGAUCCUGCACCCUGAUUGUGCAAAUUUGCAACAGAUUUCUGCCUGCUGCAGAGUCCAAUUCACUCACAACAUGCUGAUGAGAUUUUCCAGGUGACUGAAUCUGCUCACACAAGUCAACUCAAUUAUCCAUGAGGCACGACGAUCCCUUAGCCGACAAUCAUAGCUGCCUGACUGCAAGACAGCAUGGUUGUUCCCCCCCACCCCCACCCCCGAUUAAAUGUGCUAUACAUUCCAACUCUCUAAAAACUACAUAUUUGGGCUGGAUUUUUAAAAUUGGACUGAUCUUAAACUAAAUUUCUGCACAAUCAUCAAAUUUCAAUGUGUGCCCACCCAGGAGCCCUUAAAUGCAGUUGGCUUGUCAGUUUUUUUUUGUCAGUUGUUCGGGUUUUGCAAAAGAAGCUUAUAAUCUUCUAGUAAAUUUGUACCUUUUUCAUGUUGGUUAUGCAGUUAAUUC